AUGGUGGUGCGGCACGGCUCCAACAGGCACGGGGGCGGCCAGACUGACCAUAGCAGAAGCUUCACCGAGCGCGGCGAAAGCUCCACCCCUCCUCCCACUGGCAAGAAGACGGAGGCGAACAAGAUCCGCUCCGACGUGGCACGCAUCCGCGGGAGAUACCGCUACCGCAACUACGGCAUCGCGGCGCCGUCCGCCUUCGCCAAUCGGGAGUCCGACCGCUACCGCCGCUGCCGCGCCUCCGCCCCUUCCGCGGCGUCCUCGUCGUCGAGCUCCCGCCAGCGCUCGUCGACGGUGUUGGUGCCGAAGUUCGCGCCCGGCGACUACCUCAACGACGCCGAGCUAGAGCGCCUCCUGCCGCAGCUCGGCGUGAAUGCAGGGCUCGCGCCCGGCGACUUCGUUGAGCGCAACCUCGACAUCGUCGUCGGCCUCAUCUCGCGCUCGAGCCAGCGCGACGCGGACAAGGCAGAGGAGUGGCGGCGCGUCACGGAGGGGCAGGGCAGGUUGUGCGACUCCAACCUCCCACCGCGUACGAGCAGGAAGGAAUUCCCCACGCCUCGCCUCUGCUCCAGCACGCCGCCGGCGAUCCUCCUCCACCCUGCCGAUUUCCCAAAUCCACCUCCGCCACUCCUCCUCCAGACCUCCACGCCGCCACUUUCCCGAUUCCGCCACCACUCCACAACGCCGAUGUCGCGCCUCCGCCCCCUCCGUCGCAGCUCCUCCUCCACUUCCACCUCGCCGCCAUCACGUUCCUGGUCACCCCACGCUGCCUUUCCGGCGGCCACGGGCCGUGUCCGCACCGGAACGCUUAGCCAGGAGGAUGCACACAACCUGUUCGACGAAUUGCUGCGCCAAGCCACCCCGGUCCCCGAGCGCUCCCUCAACGGCUUCCUUGCUGCGCUCGCCCGAGCUCCGUCCUACGACGACCGCAGAAGCGGCCCCGCUCUUGCCGUCGCUCUCUUCAACCGCGUGUGCCAAGAAGAUGUCGGCCUGCAGGUGGCGCCGCCCACAGUCUGCACCUUUGCCAUCCUCAUGGACUGCUGCUGCCGCGCACGUCGACCGGACCUUGGGCUUGCCUUCUUCGGCCGUUUCCUCAAAGAAGGUAUGAAAACAAACCAGAUCAUCGCCAACACCUUCCUCAAGUGCUUCUGCGAUGCAAAACGGACAGAUGAGGCUGUGGACGUACUGCUUCAUAGGAUGUCUGAGCUUGGCUGUGUGCCUGAUGUUAUCUCAUACAACACAGUUCUCAAGAGGUUAUGUGAAGAUAGCAGGAGCCAGCAAGCACUUGACCUGCUCCUUACGCUGGCAAGAGAAGGAGGUGGCUGUUCCCCCGACGUGGUGUCAUACAGCACGGUCAUCCAUGGCUUCUUUAGAGAGGGUGAAAUAGGCAAAGCAUGCAAUCUCUUCCAUGAAAUGCUGCAGCAAGGAGUUGUGCCCAGUGUGGUCACAUACAGCUCGGUUAUUGAUGCAUUGUGCAAGGCCAGAGCAAUGGACAAGGCAGAGCUAAUCCUUCGGCACAUGGCUGAUAAUGGUGUUCGACCCGAUAGUGUGACAUUCAAUUGCAUGAUCAAUGGAUAUUCCACAUCAGAGCGGUGGAAAGAGGCAGCUAAAAUGUUCAAAGAAAUGAUAAGCCUAGGUCUUGUACCAAAUAUUAUUACUUGCAGCUCGCUCAUUGCUUCCCUUUGCAAGCAUGGGAGAAGCAAAGAAGCUGCACAAAUUUUUGAUUCCAUGACUGCCAAAGGACACAAACCUGAUAUCACCUCGUACUCUAUUUUGCUACAUGGGUAUGGCAAUGAAGGAUUUUUACUUGAUAUGGUUAACCUCUUUAAUUCAAUGAAAAACAACGGCAUUGUACCCAACUGCCGUGUUUUCAACAUAUUAAUUGGCGCGUAUGCUAAAUGUGGAAUGAUGGAUGAAGCUAUGCUCAUAUUUUCCGAAAUGCAGGGAUGGGGAGUGUGUCCAGAUUUAGUCACCUAUUCAACUGUAAUAGCCGCACUUUGUAGAAUGGGUAGACUGGGAGAUGCUAAGGAAAAAUUCAGUGAGAUGAUUGUUGUGGGAAUACAGCCGGAAAAGGUUGUUUAUCAUUGCUUAAUUCAGGGUUGUUGUAUGCAUGGUGAUCUGGUUAAAGCGAAAGAGUUGGUUUCUGAAAUGGUGAACAAAGGUAUUCCUCGUCCUAACAUCGUGUUCUUCAAUUCAGUAAUAAAUAGUCUAUGCAAAGACGGAAGGGUUGUGGAUGCACAAGAUACAUUUGACUUAGUUAUACACAUUGGUGAGAGGCCGGAUGUCAUUACUUUUAAUUCACUGAUUGACGGGUAUGGCUUAGUCGGCAAGAUGGAUAAAACACUUCGAGUGCUUGAUGCCAUGGUAUCAGAAGGUGUUGAGCCUAAUGUUGUUACAUACAAUACACUUGUGAAUAGUUAUUUUAAAAAUGGAAGGUUCGAUGAUGGUUUAGCUCUAUUCACAGAAAUGUUGUCCAAGAGAGUUAAACCUACAACUGUCACAUAUGGCAUCAUAUUGGAUGGUUUAUUUCGUGCUGGGAGAACCGAUGAUGCAAAGAAAAGGUUCCAUGAGAUGAUCCAAAGUGGAAUAGCUGUCAACAUUUCCAUAUACAAUAUAAUUCUUGGAGGGCUUUGCAGAAAUAAUUGUGCCGGCGAAGCAAUGACGUUGUUCCAUAAAUUAGCUGAAAUGAAUGUAAAGUUUGAUAUCAAAACACUCAAUAUCAUGAUCGAUGCAAUGUACAAAGUUCGGAAAAGAGAAGAAGCUAAAAAAUUAUUUGCUGCAAUAUCAAACGGUGGGUUGGUACCUAAUGUUUUUACUUAUAGCAUAGUGAUAAAAAAUCUUCUAAAGGAAGGAUCACUGGAAGAAGCUGACAAUAUCUUUUCAUCAAUGGAGAAGAUUGGUUGUGCUCCGAGCUCCCGUCUUAUAAAUGAUGUCAUUAGAAUGUUGUUGGAAAAUGGCAAGAUUGCCAAGGCCGGAGAUUAUUUAUCUAAAGUUGAUGGGAAGAGCAUCUCACUUGAAGCUUCAACUACUUCGUUGAUGCUGUCUCUCUUUUCAACGAAUGGGAAAUAUCGGGAGGAUAUGAAAUUGCUCCCUGCAAAGUAUCAAAUCUUCGAUGGACUUGGUUGAGUAGUUGAUUGAUCUCAUAUGAGAUUACCUCAUGAAAAAGCACAUGGAUUUUUUUUCCUCACAUAAAGCCCUCCUGCCAGCAUAAGAAAUCCAAACUGUCUGCUUGGACAAACACAAAUACACCACCUUGGGUGACAUAGGAGACGGGGUCAAAGCAUUUGCAUGAUGAGAAUGUCUUGCUCUUGUACACAUGCAGUGUGCAUUACUCUCUAUUUCUUAUAUCUGAUACCUGAAUUCACCAUUCGAUCUUCCCACGAAAUUUGUCUGAGAUUCAUCAAAAUUCCGAUGUAUCUAGAUACACCCAAAUUUGUCAAAUCUGCGACAAGUUUGAUAAGAUAGAGGGAGUAGUAAGCAACAACUGUGUUUCAAGUGUAAACUUUCAUGUAAAUUGAUAAUUUAGAAAUUUGCUCUGAUAUCAUUUGUGAUCAUGGCCUAGU